AUUCCUUUAUCUUUGUGAAGAAGAAAAAACAGGGGAGAAACAGAGUAUCAAGGUGUUCAUCAAUGGCGGAGACCAUGGAUCUCUUCCAUGCUCUUGACCCGAUAUCACUUGUUCUUUCUCAGAACUCUGGUCCUCACCAACCGGUUCCUCUGAGACUCACCACCGAGAGUUACAUCAUGGAGAGAGGCCCCCGCUACAGCGUGUAUGCCAAGUUGAGAGAAUCAAAGUUGAGAAUGAAGAACGCGAGACUACAAGAAUGGGAAGCACUGGAGUUGAAAGAAACCCCAUCAAAGAAACAAGUCAAAUUUAGUCCUGAUUUGGGGAAUUCCCGAAAAGGGUCAUCAAUUCUGGCGCAAUCGGUGCCGGAUUUCUCUGCGGCUUUGAGAAAAGAGAAUCGGAAGCCGGCGACUGGUGCGCUUGAAUUGACACCUCCGUCGAAGAACUGGUCGAAGGUGAGAGGGGUGUUAUCGAAUUCGAGAGGGAGUAAGUCGGCGAAUGCCGGGGAGAAGAAGGGGCUGGCGAUGGCGAGAAAGAGUUAUGCUUGUGUUGAGGAAUUGAAGGGGAUUUCUUCAGCGGCAGCCAAUGCCAUUAAUGGCGAAAACAGGGGAGGAAGGACUAUGAGAAUGGGUGGAACCAAAAAAACCGUGUUGGGGUACAGACAAUUUUGAAUUGUUCUUCAAUUCUACCUAAGUUUACUUUCCUUCUCAUAGAAUGUUUCGAAUUUCUUUCCCACUUUUUCUUGAUUCGAUUUGUUUUCUUGGAGAUUUGAUUACUUUUCCUUUGCUAGAGAGAUUGUAUGUUUUUCCAAGAUACAUUGUAAAACGCCAUGGAUGUAAUCAUGUUUUAAGGAAUGAAAUGGUUUGUUGAAA